GGAAGGGGGAAAGGAAAGCAAAGGGAGGAGCGGGCCAAAAACAGAGCAAAGGCAAAGCAUUGAAUGCACACAUGUUUGUAUCGUAUCGACCCCCUCCGCCAUAGUAAAUGCGGGAAUUGAUUGUCUCGCCAGUGAGUUUAUUAUCAUUUCCUCUCUCUUCCUCCCACUCUCUCCACCCAAAAAUCGAUUCUUUCGGUCUUUCCUUGCAUUUCUUCAGCUGUGAGAGUGGCAGGAAGUUAAAAAUCUAGAGAGAGAGAGAGAGAGAGAGAGAGGUAGAAGACAGUGGUAGUCGAGUGGUUGGUGGGAUAGUACAGACGUUGGGUGCGGGAUCCGUUGCUGUUGUUUCCGGCUCUCUCCCUCUUUCCUUCUCCUUCCUGCUUGUUCCUCCUCCGUGGCGUGAAAUCAUUCAGCUGAUUUCUGGGCUCCUCGGUGCUGUCUUCAGUUCAGAAGAGCAGCCGGAAAUGGGCUUCGCUGCUUUUGCCCAUUAACUCUCUCCCCUGUGAUUUGAUGGCGAAGUGAAGUUCCGAGGUUGUCUGUUUCCGGGGCCAUUUCUGGGUUCACGACAGCUUCAAAGGUGGUAAAAGGGAAAGUUCCUGACCCAGCGCCAAGAGCUACUACUAAAGCUAUGGAAUGUCAAGAACUUUGAAAAGCUGAGACAACGUCAGUUAACUGUCUGAAGUUUUCAGAAAAGAACUGCCUCAAAUCUGCUCUGGUUUUGGGGGAGUGAGACUGCGAGUGAUGCAUCUUUCAAUAUGGAAGCCCAUAUCUCACUGCGCUGCGAUAAUCUUCUUGGAGAAGAGAACCCGGCGGAGGAAGGGUUCGGGUUCGGGCUUGACUGGGGAUGCGAAGAGAAAGCCCUCUAUGCUCCGGAAGUUGCAGGAGAACAAGCUCAGAGAGGCCCUUGAGGAGGCUUCCGAAGAUGGGUCCCUCAAGAAAACACGGGAUAUUGACCAAGAAGAGUCCCCGUUGGAGGGGGAUGGGGGCUUAGGGAGAUCGAGGUCCCUCGCUCGUCUCCAUGCCCAGAAGGAGUUCCUCCGGUCAACUGCCCUCGCUGCCGAUCGCACUUACUCCAGCGAGGAACCAAUCCCCGAGCUCUCCGAUGCCUUCAACUUGUUCCUCACUAUGUAUCCAAAAUUCGAGUCUUCUGAGAAGAUUGACCACUUGAGGUCUGACGAGUACUGGCACCUCGCGGAUCCUUCUUCAAAGGUAUGCCUUGAUUAUUGUGGCUUCGGGUUGUUCUCUUACCUUCAGACCCAACAGUACUGUGAAUCAUCUGCUUUUAGCUUGACGGAGAUUACUGCAAACUUGAGCAAUCAUGCCCUUUAUGGUGGGCCCGAGAAGGGCACCGUAGAACAUGAUAUCAAGACUAGGAUUAUGGACUACUUGAACAUACCCGAAAAUGAAUAUGCCCUCGUGUUCACUGUCUCUAGAGGGUCUGCAUUUAAGUUGCUCGCUGAAUCUUACCCUUUCCAAACAAACAAGAAGUUGCUAACUAUGUUCGACCACGAGAGCCAGUCGGUCAAUUGGAUGGCCCAGAGUGCUAAGGAAAAAGGUGCAAAGGUUCAUAGCGCGUGGUUCAAAUGGCCAAACAUGAAGCUCUGUUCCCGGGAGCUAAGGAAGCAGAUUUCGAGCAAAAAGAGGAGGAAGAAGGACUCUGCUACUGGGCUCUUUGUAUUUCCUGUUCAGUCGAGGGUCACUGGGGCCAAGUAUUCUUACCAGUGGAUGGCCUUGGCACAGCAGAACAACUGGCAUGUGUUGUUGGAUGCAGGUUCACUGGGGCCCAAGGACAUGGACUCUCUUGGGCUCUCCUUGUUUAGGCCUGACUUCAUCAUCACCUCGUUUUAUCGCGUGUUCGGGUCUGACCCGACAGGUUUCGGGUGUCUGUUGAUAAAGAAAUCUUCCAUGGGAAGCCUCCAGAACCAGUGCGGUCAGGCUGGUACAGGAAUGGUGAGGGUGGUGCCUGUAUUCCCGCAGUACUUGAGUGAUUCGGUGGAUGGGUUCGAUUUGUUUGGUGGAGCUGAGGAUAAUGAGAUAAACGGCAACAAGGAAGAACAGGCCCUCCCAGAAGUGAAUGGCGGGUCCCAGAUGCCCGCUUUCUCGGGUGUGUUUACUUCUAAUCAAGUGAGGGACGUGUUCGAGACUGAGAUGGAGCAAGAUAAUAGCUCAGAGCGGGACGGAGCAAGCACAAUCUUUGAGGAGGCUGAAAGUGUUUCGGUGGGUGAGGUCAUGAAGAGCCCAAUAUUCAGUGAGGAUGACUCAUCGGAUAAUUCAUACUGGAUUGAUCUGGGGCAGAGUCCAGUGGGAUCCUCAAGUCCACCCUUACAGUCGUCGUGGGUCUUGGGCAGGAGAAACAAUAAGCUUCUCUCCCCAAAGCCUGUGUCAAGGAUUUCCCGGAGCCCAAUGUAUGGUGACAAGCGGGCCAACCAUAAGCUCGAUGAAGAACCAGUUCUGUCUUUUGAUGCAGCCGUGCUGUCAGUUUCGCAGGAGCUGGACAGGUUUAAGGAUAUUCCUGAAGAGGAACAAGUAGAAGUAACCAAUGGGAGCAGCGACAGAGUUAACGGAUCCCAUUACUGUGGAGAGAUCCAAGAAGAAGAUGAUAUCCACGCAAAUUCCGCCUUAAACGGGUUCAGAAAUGAUGAUGGGGCGACUAGGGCCUCUCAGAAUGACGAUCAGGGGGGGCUGUCUAAGGCUGAAAUUUGCAGGGAAAGGAACGAGAGCGCGAUCAAAAGAGAGACAGAAGGAGAAUUCAGGUUACUGGAAAGACGGGAAAGAAGUAGAUUUGAUGGAAGCAGAUUUUUUGGGCUAGAAGAAGGGGAUCAGGCAUCAAGCAUGGGCCGUAGGGUAUCAUUUAGUACCGAAGACAAUAUCCACAGAGAGAGUCUGGGCCGAAUAUAUGAGCCUGGCGAAGUUUCUAUGGGUUCUCUGGGAGAAGACGAUUUCUCCAUCAGUAAUGGAGAUUAUGAAGAUGGACAAGAGUGGGGAAGGCGGGAACCUGAGAUAAUCUGCCAGUAUUUGGAUCAUGUGAACAUGUUAGGCCUCAAUAAGACCACCUCUCGUCUUCGGUAUCUGAUCAAUUGGCUCGUCACGUCUUUGCUUCAGCUGCGGUUACGGGCACCAGAUGGAUCCUUAGGCCUGCCGCUGAUACAGAUAUAUGGCCCGAAGAUCAAGUAUGAGAGGGGUGGGUCCGUGGCUUUCAAUGUGCGGGACUGCAGCGGGAGAGCCGCUUGGGUCCCUCCUGAGGUCGUUCAGAAACUGGCUGAGAAACACGGAAUAUCACUCGGGAUUGGGAUCCUGAGUCACAUACGAGUGGUGGACUUACCUAAGCAGCAACAGCAGCAGGGUGGGACCCUCGAUCCCAAGUCGAUGGCCCUGUGCAAGCCUGUGGCCAGCAAUGGACAAGGGGGAAAGAAUGUAUUUUUCCGGGUCGAGGUUGUCACGGCCUCGCUCGGGUUCCUGACCAACUUUGAGGAUGUUUACAAGAUGUGGGCCUUUGUGGCCAAGUUCCUAAACCCGUCUUUCGUUGAAGGGGACGGGCUGUUUACGGUCCCAGAGGAGGUGGAGACAUAGCAUUAGCCCCUCAUCUUCUCCUGCAGAGCUCGGGUUCGGGUGAGUGAGAAGGGGAAGGGUGUAAAGGUACAUAAUUUUUUUUUUUGUUUCCUUCCUAUUGUUGUCUGUGCUUUUUGGGAGAGGAUCCCUACUGAGAAGAUGGAUUUGUUAAUUCUUGGUUUUUGUAUGGUCACAACUUGGUUAGUGUACUCUAUGGUAUAAUCGCUAGUCGUUUCUUCUUCUUACAUAAGUCAGGAUUAUGUAGAGUUAUAGCUUUGACAGCAUAUUAUAUGGUCAGUUCUAGCUAGGAAGUUACUGGACAAGUUUGGGAUGAAAUCCUCGGGAGGAUUUUCGAGUUAUUGCAUUAUACUUUGAUAAUGUCUCUGGCCGCUGGCGCCUUCUCUCACUCACUCUGAAGUUACGAUUCUGCAAUCAUUCUUCACA